UUUUCACUGUGUUUUUCUUUUCAAGUUUGUUCUUUCUUUUGUUAAAUUUGUAUUUUCUUUUCUUUUUGGAAGAAAAUGGAAAUAGAAUGGUAAAGAUCUGAUUUUUUCUUUUACCCGUUUGAGGAAAAUAACAAUUCUUGUUGUGGCUAAUUGAGGAAAUGGAUGUUUUUGUUUUGUACUGUUUUCUUUAUAUAACCUUUACCUCUGGCCUAGAGUUAGUCUAGUUUUUGCUUAAUGGGAAGUCUGAGUUUUGGCUUUUGUGAUAUAUAAUUUGCUUUAUAUUCCAUUCUUAACUAUCUUUUGUUACUUUUGCUUUGAUUUUCCAAAAUUGAGUCGUAUGCUUUUCUAUAGUUUUGCCUUAGUAAGAACAAUUGGAACUGAGAAAGAUAGCAAUUUUUUUGUCAUCACAUGUUGAUAUGAAUCUUGUCUUGUCAAUUGCCAUGGUCUAUGCAAAUGAGAUGAUUUCUCAUAUAGGAUUUGUGGUGAGGAGUGGGCUCUGUGUGUGGCCAGACAUGAGGCAACUUUGCAUAAGAAAGGGUCUUGUGUAUGGUUUUAUGCGCUUAUUGUCAACACCCUUAAAAACCUUGCGUGGAGCAAGUCGGUCUCUUAGGGUUACAGAGUUUUGCAGUGUUUCCAAUAUGUCUUCCUCUUUACAAAUUGAAUUGGUACCGUGUCUUAGAGACAAUUAUGCAUAUCUUUUACAUGAUGAGGACACAGGCACAGUUGGGGUUGUUGAUCCUUCAGAGGCUGUGCCAGUUAUUGAUGCUUUGAGUCGGAAAAACCGGAAUUUAACUUAUAUAUUGAAUACCCACCACCAUCAUGAUCACACUGGUGGGAAUGUAGAGUUAAAAGCAAGGUACGGUGCUAAGGUUAUUGGUUCAGGAAUAGACAAGGAUAGGAUUCCUGGAAUUGAUAUUGUUCUAAAUGAUGGGGACAAGUGGAUGUUUGCAGGUCAUGAGGUCCAUGUCAUCGAAACUCCUGGUCAUACCCGAGGUCACAUCAGCUUCUAUUUUCCGGGUUCUGGAGCAAUAUUUACCGGAGACACUUUGUUCAGCUUAUCAUGUGGCAAGCUUUUUGAAGGAACCCCGGAGCAGAUGCUUUCUUCCCUUCAGAGGAUCAUGUCUCUUCCCGAUGAUACAAAUAUAUAUUGUGGUCAUGAAUAUACUUUGAGUAAUUCAAAAUUUGCAUUAUCUAUAGAACCCAAGAACGAGGCACUCCAAGCUUAUUCAGCCCAUGUAGCUUACCUUCGCAAUAAGGGAUUACCUACGAUUCCAACCACAUUAAAGAUGGAGAAGGCAAGCAAUCCAUUCCUUCGCACAUCUAGCUCAGAAAUCAGGCAGGCUUUGGAUAUUCCAGCCACCGCGACUGAGGCAGAAGCCUUAGGUGUUAUCCGGCGAGCAAAGGACAAUUUCUAGGAUUAGUUAUACACGAUUCCUGUUUGUGUAUAGGUGAUGCUAGCCCUUCCAUUUGUGAAAUAAGCACCACAAAUGUUUACAAAUGUUCAUACACUUUUCUGAUUUUUCAUAAUCCUUUUGAAAUUAAAAUCUCUUAAGCUAGUCUUAACAUAUUAUUUGCUUAUCGAUCAUGACAACUUUUGGGGUUUUAUUUUGGUAAA